AUGGCGGCGGGGCUGUGGCGCGCUUACCAGCGGCUGCUGAGCCGGCACCCGUGGAAGGUGCAGAUCCUGACGGCCGGGACACUGGUGGGUGCCGGAGAUGUGAUCUCUCAGCAGGUGGUGGAGAGGAGGGGGCUGGCGGGGCACAGCCCCCGGCGGACUCUCAAGAUGAUGGCCGUUGGCUUCUGCUUCGUGGGCCCCGUCGUGGGAGGCUGGUACCAGGUCCUGGAUCGCCUGGUACCCGGCAGGACCAGGCUGGCUGCACUCCAGAAGAUGCUGUUGGAUCAGGGCGGGUUCGCCCCCUGCUUCCUCGGCUGCUUCCUGCUGCUGGUGGGGACCGUCAACGGCUUGUCUCUUGAAAGGAACUGGGACAAGGUGAAGCGGGACUACCCCGAUGCCCUGGUCACCAACUACUACCUGUGGCCAGCUGUGCAAAUGGCCAACUUCUACUUCGUCCCCUUGAACUACAGGCUGGCCGUGGUGCAGUGCGUCGCCAUUGUCUGGAACACCUACCUCUCCUGGAAGGCCAACAAGCAGUGACCCGGCGGGGGCAGGGGGGCCUGCUGGAGUCUCCCCUCGCGCGUGGCGGCCCCGGAGCAGCCCGAGGUCAGGUGCCCCCCAGCAAGGCCAGCUGCUCGCUGCCAGCCGGCUCUGAUGUGGGGCCCCGCAAGCCAGUCGGCAACUGGGCACCCCGUCCUUGAGGGGUUUCGGGCAAGCUGGCUGCCGGCGUGACGGGAAGGAAGAGGACUCACCUCCGGGGGAGCCCUUGAAGCUGCCGCGUCGCCACGCCAGGGCUGCGGCCUUGUGGGAAAGCCAUGUGCUUGACUCGACCUGGCCGGGGCGGCGAAGGGAUACGCGCCGCGGGACGUCUGGGGGCUCAGGGCAUCGCAGUCCCAUGUGCGUCGGGGGAGCCGGCUUGCGGGGGGUUUGGCAGUCCGUGCGGAGUCGGUAGCAGUCAUGGGCAGUGUAUCAAGUAGGGGUGGAACCUCCAGGUCGCGGGGGGGUGGAUCUGUGCACCACUGCUUGGGUCACGGGUGAAGAUGCUCGCCCUGCCAGUGAAGAGGGGGAGGCGCGUCUUCGUGCGUUCCUCACGCCAGACCUGAUUCCGUGCGCCUCCGUCUCGCCCGCAACACCGGCUGCCGUGGCCUUGCUUUGCCGUGAUCGUACCCGCUGCCCCUUUCUGGACCCUCCAGUUGUGCAAGACCCUGCCUGGGGGGGUGGGCUGAGAGCGGUGCGUCCGCAGCAGGUCGGCGGGAGAGGAGCUGCUCUUGCGCCAGAGCUCGCUCUCUCUGAGGGUUCGUGGCAGCUUGGCCCCUCUGGGUGUCCUGACGCCCUGCCUGGCCACAGCCACGUGCGCCUCCUAGCCCAAGCCCGUGGGCCCUGCACUCGCACCCACCAGACAUGCCAGCCGCCCUUCCCAGCCAUCCCCACUGGCUCAGGCUCCCUCCACGACCUCCUGGCUGGGAGGCUCUCACUCUCCUUGGGAGAUCCGGAGCCACGGAGGGAGCCCAUGGCCGGCCCUCCUCUGCGGGCUCGGCUGGUCCCCCGUGCCCUCCCAGAUCCUUGAGCCAGCCGCGAACCAUCCUUGAAGGCAGCCCGCUCGUUCCCGCGCCUGCCUGUCCCAGCCCCGGCUCUCCUGGCCAGGCUCCGCGCCCCGCUCGCCUCAGCACCUCGGACAGAAGUGCGGAGCGCGCCGCUGGCUC